GACAAGGAAACUUCGGAUCCUUUAUCACCAAAGGAAGUCUUUGUUGCUACAAGAAAAAGAAAAGUUGGGCGAUCAUACAAGUCCUCGGAUGAAGAUACAACUAGUAAAAUUGCUGAAAUGGAGGAAGUUGAAGCACAACAAAACGAAAAUGGCAAUGAGUCCGUAGAGGCAUUUGCAUCUGUCAUGGGACCUGAACAUUCGGGACGUCUGAGAUUGUAUGGACGAGGGGUUACAAGAACUUCUUUGAGAGGGAAAGUAGGAUAUUUUGAACCAUCUUCAAAUACUUCAAAUUCUAUACAAAAAUUGGAGGAGAAGAUACAAAGAAUGGAGGAAAAAAUUGAGGAACAAAAGGCAACUAUCCGUCAAGAAGUUGUUGCAGAUGUCCUUGCACGUCUUCAGCGUUCAGGAAUUAAUAUUGAUGCUAACAUUAUUCUUGCGGCAUUGGGUGAUAAUUCAUUAGGAGAAGCUUCAUCUGCUCAGCAAACAGCAUUGCAACCAAUCCAUCGUCCCUCUACUUCUACCAACAAAGAAGGCCAACUCAUUCCAGGUGCAUCGAUUGCGGAUGAAAGCAGUGAUGAAGACCUUACUUGAGUUUUGUUGAUCGUUAUUAGACUUUCUAUCAUCAAGGAUAUUUUGGUUUAGAACUUUUUGUAUGCAAAUUAAAACUCAUCUAUUUUGACUUUUGAAUUGUUGAUCAAACAAUGUAUUCAUAUUUUGUUUUUGGAUAUGGAUAA